CAAAACACACAGAGACAGAACACUUGGGUGAUCCUAGCUGGGAACACAGGUGGUGACGUGAAAACUGACAUGCAGAUUUAAUGAAAAAAAGCUACUGGACAUUUGAAGCCUUUACAUUUCCCUAAGGAGUUAUCAGCCAUAACCAAGAUGUAUAAUCCGAAUCCACAGAAUGUGUAUAGUGUUCCAGUCUAUGAUAAUUUGGGAUUCCAAAGAGAUUUCCCCAGUUCAAACAUUCAUGGGCAUCUUCCACCACCAUAUAGAUCUACACAGUUACCUCCUCCUCCUCCAUAUCAUCCAUACGCUAAUUCUCAACCGCCUGUACAUCACCCUGCGCCAGUCGUUCAAGGAACAAAGGCUUCCUUAUGUUCUCCACGACGUAAAAAUAAUGUUUUAAUUGCAUUUGCCAUCUGUGUUCUCAUUGUGGCUGCAAUAAUUGCUGCAGUGCUUGCCUGGUAUUUUGUGACUUCAAAGUGUGAAAUGAAAUGUUGGUCAUCGUCACAAUGUGUCUCUGCUUCCCAAUGGUGUGAUGGCACAGUACAAUGUCCCAAUGGAGAAGAUGAAGCUUAUUGUGUUCGACUAUACGGACCGGAGUUCCUACUGCAGGCCUAUUCCUCAGUCAAGGGCAGAUGGCUCAAUGUGUGCAGUGACAAAUGGAAUGACAAUUUUGGGAAGGCUGCUUGCCAGGAGCUAGGAUACAGCGCGAGCACCUAUUAUACUAGUGGCACGACCUGGCUUGGAUAUACUCUAGACUUCUAUGCAGUGCUGAAUUACAGUAGGCCAAACGGCAAGUUGCAGACCACCCUUUCAGUCAGUGAUUCUUGUUCCACUUUUACUGGAGUCUCCUUACGAUGUAUAAACUGUGGUUUAAAUGGAAGCAGUACCUCAAGCCGUAUAGUUGGUGGUAAUAUAGCCUCAACCAGUAAAUGGCCAUGGCAAGUGGGUCUGUAUAGCAAUCUAAGAUUCACCUGCGGUGGUUCCAUUAUCACUCCAAACUGGAUCGUCACUGCUGCGCACUGUGUAGAAGGAACUAACGCAUAUGCAUCGGUAUGGCAGGUUUAUUAUGGAUCAUUACAAAAAGGAGGUGGAUUCUCCUCAUUUGUGGAGAAAGUUAUCGCUCACCAAAACUAUGACACAAAAACUAAAAACAAUGAUAUCGCCCUGAUGAAAUUGAAAUCAACAAUAACAUUUAGCUCCGCUGCAAGACCAGUCUGUUUACCAAACCAUGGAAUGAAUUGGGUGGCGGAUAAACAAUGCUGGAUUUCCGGAUGGGGUGCUACAUAUGAAGGAGGGUCAUCUACCAGUUAUUUAAGGGACGCAUCUGUGAAACUCAUUGACUCCACAACAUGCAAUAAACCCUCUGUUUACAAUGAUGCUAUUACUUCCACAAUGAUUUGCGCUGGUUAUCUUUCUGGAGGAAUUGAUACUUGCCAGGGAGACAGUGGCGGUCCUUUGGUCACUCAAACAAAUAACUUGUGGUGGCUUGUGGGUGACACCAGCUGGGGAAAUGGCUGUGCCAAUGUCAAUAAACCUGGAGUAUAUGGCAAUGUUACAGUCUUUCUGGAAUGGAUAUACCUACAGAUGCAGACAUAUAGAUGAUGUCACACAAAUAUUUCAUGUUUUUUUUACCUUAUAACUGCUAUUAUGAAUGAAGAAGAGUUCCAAUGAGAUGGAACAACUGAUUUUAUUACAAAUCAAACACAACAUGCACUGAUGAUUACGGAGAAAAUAUUUGAAAAAAAACAAAAAAAAAGCCAAGAAGAACUGCAUAACGACUUUUAGUGCACAUCCCUGGGAAUUUACUCUGAAAUGGUUAAGAGUGUCCAGGAUGGCAAAUUACUUAUGGUUUCAACAGGACCAGCUCAAGAAAGAUCAAGAAAGAGGCUUGCUGUGUCACAGCUGUAUGGACUACAUGUUAUGAUCAUGAGAUUGUAAGAUGGUCAGCGUCAACCAACCAACUGCCCAUCAAUGACCCCUAUUGGAUUUUAAUGGGUGAAUGUGAUUUCAUUUUCUAAUGCUGCUUUAAGAGGAUAGAACAGCCAUACUUUGAAGAUCCCUAGACUCUAGAUACUCUUUGGGUAACCGUUAAUGUGACAUAAACAAAUCAGCAAAUUGAUAAUAUUUCAUAGCUACAGUUGGUUGUUAUAAAAAAAAGAAAAAAAAAAGGAACAUUUCAGAGGAAGAGUUCUAAAAGUAGAGAAAUUUGCGGGAACAAUCCAUUGGUUUCCAUGGCAACUGCUCUACUUUUAGAGCUGUUCUCCAGUAUUUCUUAUUCUACAGAGCCCAAAUGUAUCUGUGCGUAAGGAGAGCCAUUCAGUUCUAAACAUGCACUUGUUACACUGGUAAAUCCCUUAAAUGGAGAAUCAAACUCAUUCCUAUUUAUAUCUAACAUCAUAAUUUGUAAAUACAUGUUUAUAAUGUUAUAAUGUUUAUUUGUUAUGUAGUUUUAACUAAAGACGCCAGUUCUGAUUCUUGUCUUAUCCUGUGUUAAUGUGUGAAUGCACUUUGUCCUAUUUCUAUGGAUGCAGAACUUGUCGAAAAUGUGUAGAUUAGUCAUUUUACUUGAUACACUCUAUGGAUUGGUUAUGGCAUUAAUUACUUCUUUUAAAGAAGUACACUAUUUUAUUGUCUUUUGACUACUUUUAGGAAGAGAGUACACUGUGUUCAUAUUUUAUCUCAAGAUUGAUGUAGUUGAAAAUUAAAUUAUUGCAAUAAUGUGAAAACGAUAGCACACUCAUAAAAUCAUAUGGCAUCGGAGCCAAUAUAUAAGUGAUCUGAAAACAUUAUGCGGUUGAAUAAAAAUAGAAGGUUGACA